AUGAAGCAAUUGCUGCCGGUGCUGCUAUGCCUGGCUUGCCAUAUAGGCACCUCAUACAAGUUCAAGGGCGACCCCACCAGUGAUCAGGAGUGGACUGAUCUGGACAUCGCUUCGGAAGGGCCUGACCCGAUCAAAGAGUAUGGGCCGCAUGCAGACUUAUCGAUGGCCUUGUCUCUGGUUAUGACCAACCUGUCAAACUACUCCGGCUUGAUCAACUCUAGAGACAGACCCCACAACGCGAACCUCACUUAUUACUUUGGUGUGGAUCCUCAUCAGGACCUCUUGAUGCUCUAUGACAAGGUCCAGGGGUUCUAUGAGGUCCUUCACGAGGUCCUGGGUGAGAACGCCUCACGCUACUGCCCAUUCCAUGCAGAGAUAUACAUCCCGAGUUGCAUUGAUAUUGCCGUGUGCCUGGUCUCUCGUGACGUUCCCAAAUACAUGCCAGCGGAAGCGUAUGCUUCCAUUCAGGAGCAGGUGACGCGCUUCGACACGAUCGUCUGGGAAGCCAUCAAGUAUGGUCUUGGAUCGGAGGACCCAACCGAGAUCGGUGCAGACUUUGACAUUCCGAGAGAGUUCGUGUGCGAUGAGAACGAUCAUUCCAAUGAUCAUUCUGCCUCUUUGCUCCAGAGUGAUGCGUCGCAGACCUCGGCGGUGUCUUUGGCCAUGCACCAUGCCACCCGCUCCACACACCAAAUCCUGGCGGAGCACACUGCGAACGCGUCAUUGGAUCACACGGUAAAUCGCCUGGAGGAAGCUUGGCAUCCAGUCUGCAACGUGCUUGGCUGCGACCACACCAACUUUCUGGACAUCCACCUGGCGUCGCACCGUCACUCCAUGGCGCUGAUGCAGGGAUCUUCGACCUCCCAGCUGCACGCUCAUAUCAAGAGCCGUCAGAAGCUCCAUGUCGAGCUGGUGCGGUUCACGAACAAGCAUGGUGCUGCCUUCGCAGACAAGUUCUACCGGAGCGAUGCCCAUGCCCAUUCCGAGGAAGCCUUCCGGCACUACGCCGAGAUCACUCGCCGAGCCGUUUUGAACCAUUUGCUCCCCAUGCCAAUCAUCUUGAACAACGAGACCAAGGCCCUUCGAUGGGUGGAUCGCGUGGAGUUCGGGAAGUUCUACGAAAGCUGGAAGGAGCGCAACCCCGAGGGCAACGUCUUGAGCCACGCGGCGCUUUCGUUGAUGCAGGAGAUCUCAGCCGACGGGCUGAUGGAGAUCACGGAUGACCAGAAGUUCCUGCAGGACGAGGAUUUCGAAGAUGACAUGCCGGUUUCGGAGACUGAGGAGGAGGAGGAGGGAGACGGACCUCUGGACCAGCACCCUGAGCAUGCGCAGCUGGCUUUGUUGGAAGGUGAGGAGGUUUCCGGAGAGCAGUGGUUCGGCCGUCGUCGGCGCCGUCGGCGCAGGAGAAGGAGCCGCAGAAGAAGACGCAGCCGCCGAAGGUGGUGGAAGGCCGUCGUCAAGGCCGUCGUCGAUACAGUGAAAGCUGUGGUGAAGGCGGUGGCAGACUUCGUUGCGGACGUCUUUGAGUGCUUCGGCGCAACGAGCCGCUACUCUUCCAUUGGCUACGGGAAAUCGUUUGGGACCAAUGCCGGCGGAGGCUUCGGGCUGACCGCAGGCUCUGGGGCUGACCUGAAGAAAUUGGUCCAGGAUGAGGCCAAGCCCUUUGCCUCUGUCUGCAUUGGCUUUGGCAUCUCGAUUGGCCCUGGAACUGGCGGAGCCCGUGCUGGUGUGGGCGUGGGGGGGAGCUUCUGCUGUGGAACCGGCGGUUGCAGCAUCGGCAUUUCAGUUGGUGCCGUGGCCCAGAUUUCCGUAGACGGAACUGGUCCGGAAUGCGUCUUUGGCAAGCAUAUGGGGCCGUUCAAGUGCUCUCGCACUGAGGGCGUGUCGUUGAUGCUUACUUGCUGCCGCUACAACUUCAUGAACGGCGAAACAACCUGUCGCUGA